UUCAUCUUACAGAUAGAUAGAUAGAUAUCCGUUGUUACCCGCUGUUUGCAUUUCUCUCUGAAUCUUGUUCCCUUUGCCCCUUGUUUGCACAUGAAUUUCUGGCUUGGUCUCCAGUUUCAGAAACAUCUUCACUCCAAUCGAGUUUCCCUAUUCAAUCACUUCCUCCACACCCACUUCAGAUUUAUUUCAUCCGACUCAGGAUUCCAGCCUCCUGUCUCAGAAAAUUUCGAUAUUGCUAAUGUCGCUGAACUAUUAAGGAGACAAGACUGGCCCCAGAUUAGAUCCGCAACCGAAAACACAAACCCUGUAAACCUACUUCAAAAUCUGUUCGCUUUGGGAGCCGAUUCGGAAAUAGUCCUCCGAUACUUUGAUUGGAACGAAAAGGAAUUCGGAGUCUUGCAUAGUCUUGGAAUUUUCUGUAGAUUACUUCAUUCAUUAGCGAAUGCGAAGAGAUAUGGAAAAAUCAGGUCUAUGUUGCAUUUUAUGGCCAAGGAAGAAAGGUACACGAAUUCGGCUAUUUUCCACACGCUUUCUUCACAGAGUAAUGAAUUCUGUGCUAAUUCAAUCAUUGUAGAUAUGCUAGUACUAGCAUAUGUAUAUAAUAUGAAGAUUAAUUUAGCAUUCGAAGCAUUCGAGAGAGCAAGGGAUUAUGGGUUUAAGUUAUCAGUUUUAUCUUGUAAUCCGAUUUUGAAGUCUAUGGUUGAUGAAAGUAAGUUUGGUCUCGUUGAGAUUGUUUACAAGGAGAUGAUGAAGAGGAAGAUUAAGGUCAACAGGGUUACUUUUAACACAGUAAUUAGCGGAUUGUGUAAAGCUGGGAGGUUGCAUAAGGCUAAGGAUGUUAUAGAAGACAUGAUAGCAAUGGGAAUUUCUCCUUCGGUUGUCACUUACAAUACACUUAUUUCUGGAUACUGCAACAAGGGUAGAACAGGAAGAAUGUACAAAGCAGAUGCUUUGUUGAAGGAAAUGGUCUCGAAAGAGGUCACCCCGAAUGUGAUUACUUUCAACAUUCUUAUCAGUGGAUUUUGUAACGACGAAAAUGUUCCAGCCGCCUUGAAGGUGUUCGACGAAAUGCAAGAGCAAGGUCUGCGACCGACUGUUGUCACGUACAACUGUCUGAUUCACGGACUAUGCAGUGAGGGCAAGCUCGACGAUGCCCUUCUUUUGCGAGACGAGAUGAUUGGGUCCGGUUUGAAACCCAACAUCGUCACUUAUAACGCCCUUAUCAAUGGAUUUUCCAAGAAAAAAAUGUUGGAUGAAGCUAGGAAGCUAUUUGAUGAUAUUUUAGUUGAACGACUCGAUCCAAAUGUCUUGACGUUCAACACACUAAUCGACGCCUAUUGCAAAUCGGGCAGAACCGACGAAGCGAUUUCCUUGUACCUUGAGAUGAAGAAUGAUAGAAAGGUGCUUCCUAAUGUUUCCACUUACAACUGUUUACUUGGAGGAUUCCUAGACAAUGGAAACAUUGAUAUGGCUGGGAAGCUUGUAGAUGAUAUGAAGAAGAAAGGUUUGAAACCGGAUGUUAUAACAUAUAACAUACGGGUAGGUGCAUUUUGCAAGAGAGGGGAGCUGAAGAAUGCGACUGGACUUCUGGACGAGAUGUGUAAGGAGGGCUUAAAUCCAAAUCAGGUGACUUACAACACAUUGAUGGAUGGAUAUUGCAGUGAACUGGGCAAUAACAAUAUUCAGGGGGCUUUGAAAAUCAGGGCUAGGAUGGAAAGGAACGGAAAGAAGGCGAAUGUUGUAACUUUUAAUGUGCUGAUAAAAGGUUAUUGUAAGAAGGGGAAGCUUGAAGAAGCUAAUAGGCUUGUGAAUGAGAUGUUGGAGAAGGGAUUGGUUCCUAAUAAGAUCACUUAUGACAUUAUUAAAGAGGAGAUGAUGGAAAAAGGAUUUGUUCCAGAUAUUGAUGGACAUCUUUACAAUGGUUAUCCAAAUUGAAUUACUAUUAACUAAGCUAAGCUAAUGAUGUUUUAACAGACAGAACCUCCAUUUUUCCCUGUGUGUGUAUAUAUUACUAACUAUAUUACAGUUAUUUUGGCUGAUUGAUUUGAUUUA